CAAAAUAACGCCUACCUCGUCCUCGCGCGCCGAGCCCCUCUCUUUUGAUCCCAGACUUUAACGCACAAACCCUCGACGGGAAAAGAGGGGGGAAUCAUUCCUUGCUCUGCUAUUUCUUUCUCUUUCUCCAAAAUAAAAGGGAGAAGGAGAGGGUUUGUUGAGGAGACUGGGAGCAGAUCAACCAAUGAUCAAGCAAUCCAUUGUUAAAAACGGCCAUAACAAGGUAUCCACUACCUUGAAAAAGCCAGAGGUUGCUGUCUCUCAUCUCCGGGAGGGCAUUGCGCUGCUUCUUUCUCGAUGGAAUGGUCUACAAAUGGCUGUUCAAAAUGAGUGGGGUGGCCACGAUUCCCUUCAGAAAUCCCACCAGCUAGUUCUUGAUAUCUUCUCUUGGUUCUCUCAAUCUAAAGGAACACUUUAUACUGAGGAUUUAGAGAAUUUGCUCCACGAAAGUCUGUUGCUUUCUUUCAAUACAGAGAUUGAGGAUGGCAGCAUCGAAGAGGUAGCAGAGCAGCUGAUGAUAAUGCAUGAAGAAUACUUGAACAGGAAUCAUUACACAAAAGGUUCUGCAUGAAUCCAGUUAUUCAGUAAAUAGAAGCUAAGCUUCUUGGAAUUUAUGUUCGAGCAGUUGCAGGAAGCAUUUCUCCUGGAAUGUUCAAGCCAGCUUGUUUCAUAUUUUUUUAUGUCGCCAUUUGGGUUGUUUUGUACUUCUGUUGUAUAAUUCACAGUAGUGUUGCCCACGCACAAGUGCUUGUGCACGUCUACGAAUUUGGUUUCACAUCUAUGUAUAUUGCGUGUACUAGUAUUUUUUUUUUUUUUAUGGCGCCAUGAUUAAGAAAUUCAUGUAAGAACUAGAAGCCACUGGUGAGAGUACUCUACAGAAUCCUUAUUUUAUUGAAGAGAUAAAGCUAUAUUUAAGGAGAA